GCAGCGCGCGGCAUCGCGGCUCGGCGGCAGCACCACGGCCUCCGCUCUGCGCGGCACCGCUGCUCUGACCCGCACCGCCGAGAGGAAAUCAUGGUUAUGCUGAAGAUUUCAUCUUUCCUUGCUGUUUAUGCCUUGGUUGUGUGCCAGAUGGACAGCUUCCAGGCAGCUCCAGUCAGACCUGGCUUGGAGUCCAUAACAGAUCGAGUGACGCUGAGUGAUUACGAAGCUCGGAGAUUAUUAAAUGCUCUGGUGAAAGAAUUCAUACAGAUGACAGCAGAGGAGCUGGAGCAAGCCUCUGAGGGGAACAGCCUGGAUAGACCUAUUUCCAAACGCUGUGCCAGUCUGAGUACUUGUGUGCUGGGCAAACUGUCUCAAGAAUUGCACAAAUUGCAAACUUACCCUCGUACUGACGUCGGGGCUGGAACUCCUGGCAAGAAAAGAAAUGUGCUGAAUGACCUGGAACAUGAACGCUAUGCAAACUAUGGGGAAACCCUAGGAAACAACUAGGCGUGCUUAUUUCUGCCCUUCUUCCCUCCCCACCUCCCCCUCCUUUUUUUUUUUUUUUUUAAACCUGAUGCAUGUGGAUCUAACCUUGAUUGCUAACUCUGCUAUGUUCUUUUGAUUCUGUUUUUGACAGAGAAUGUUUGAGGUGGACCUAAUGUUAACAAGACAGAACAUAACACACACAUCAAGCUAGGGGAAAAAUAAAUAAAAAUAGACAGCACUGCCUUGAUUUCAAAUGAUUUUCUUAGGUACUGAUUUUAAAAAACAAAUCUAGACAAGGUUCUUCAUUUCUGGCUACUAAAUGUACAAGUAGACUCUUUUUUUUUUUUUUCUUGUGCCUGCCCAUGCACUCAUUCAAUAAACCUAUUUUUCUAUAAGGAUUAGAUCUGUUUGGUUUACUUGUUUUAGAAUGUGAGACUUCUAGAUAAGGCUAGAAAGGUUUUGCACAUUGUUGUCAUGUUCAAGAGAGGCAAUGCAAGAAAUUCCAGAGAAGUUUAAUAAGCUAAGAAAAUGCAAAGGUAUCUUAGAAGUUAUACAUGUACAUGGGAAUUAUGCAAUAUAUGGACUGAUGUAACCCAGCAUGCAUGCGAACCUGUUAGUAAAUAGCCUGAGAUGCAAAGGAAUCAAGAAAGGCUCAUAUAGAGCUGUUCAAACUAGAAAUGUAAUCCUGUCUAGAACUGUGUACUGAACACUUACAGGUAAGAAUUUAAUAUUUUCUCCUCCUUUUUUUCCCAUCUCAUUUAAUGAUAAAUCUUCACACUAGUGUAGUUGAUACCUGAGUAUCUUUUAAGAAGCUAAAUUUUAUUUUCUUAUUGUUUAAUGUUUAGAUAGUCUUGCUUGUAUUUUAAAAGAAACACUGUCUUUAGCUGUUUCUCACAGUAUGUUCCAUACCUUUAUUUCCAGUUCUUCUGUUGCAACACCGUAGUUAUCCUGUAAACAGAAGUCUGCUCUGAAUCAUGGUAUCAGUGUUAUAAACAAUAUUGUUUUUUACCAUUAAUGAACUGUCCUGCAAUGCUUUUCUGAGCAAAAUUGUUCUUCCUUUGAUGCUUGUCCUUGCUUUUGUAGAAAAUUCUCAAGCAAGGUCUGUGUGAACAUGUGUGCCAUGAAAUAUUGUCUAGCAAAAAAAAA